GCUGGGCUCCGCUUCCGCGAAAACACCGCCUCCGGCGUUCGCGCGGGCCGCAGACGUACGUCAUGGUCGACCAGGUGGUGUUCACGGCGUUUCAGCGCUUUGAUCAAGAUGGAAGUGGCUAUAUCACUGGAGAGGAACUCACUAAGGUCUUACAGUCCCUUGAGCCGGAUGAUUGGGACAACGACCGGAUGGCGGAAUUGCUGGCCUCCGCGGAUUCCAGUGGAGACGGAAAACUUCAGGUUGGCGAAUUUAUCAAGUGGAUUUUUGCGGAAGAUCCAAAAGCCAUUGGACUUGGUCUAGGUCGAGUGGCGGACUAUACUUAUGUGAUCUCUGGCUGUUCUCGGAAGGAAGUCAAUGGAGACUAUGUUCAACAAGGGAAGUUCUGCAACCAUCGGCCGAUCUUCUACUGCGCCGCGAACAAGUUCUUCCUCUUCUACUGGAAGGAGCGCGGACAGUGGCAGAUCAACAAACGCACCGGCAGCAAGAGUUGCGCUCGUUUGAAGACCACCGGAGCUCCACAUAUGGCUAGUGGAUGGCAGGUGUGGAAGAAGAAGGAGCACAGCCUUCGUCGCGGCUUCAUUACCGAGAACGAGAUGAGCUGCGGCAGCCCGGAAGCCAAGUCACCCGAGGAGCAGAUCGCCAAGGCGCCCAAGGCGAUGUAUACCAAGGAAUAUGGCACCUUUAUGAAGCAAGAUGAAUUGUUCGGAGGACGCCCGGUGUACUACAACGAGAUGUACAAGAUGUUCAUGCUUUACGUUGAACCGUUGCAGGAAUGGAAGUUGAGUUACCAAAAGGACAACACGCAAGGUGAGGAGAGAAGUGGAAAGACCCAAGGCUACUCUCCGGCCGCGGCCAUCUGGAUGGACGACGGCGAGGUCAUGGAAGUCUACGCCUUUGAUCCGGAUCAGAGUCUCAAUACAGCGGUGCCUGAGGGAUGGAAAGAUCCCGAGUUCCCUCAUUCCGUGGAAAGCCUGGGCAAGCGCUUUGAAGGUGAAGAAUGUGAGUGGGUCCGAGCUCUGGCCUUGUCCACCAGUCCAGUUCUCUUCCACAAAGCGGAGCCAACCGACGCCUGCCAGGGACAACUGGGAGAUGCCUGGUUGAUUGCUGCUAUCGCAGCUGUGGCGGAAUUUCCCAACUACCUGAAGGACAAGAUCUUCAGCACCAAGCAGGCCACUGCGGAUGGCAAGUAUGAGCUUCAACUCUUCGACUGGAAAGGCAGUCAAAGCUGGAAACAGAUCCAGGUGGAUGACUACCUUCCGUGCAUCCCUCGAAAGAAGAAUGAACCUGGGCAGAAAGUCUUCUUUGCCGACUUCUCGGAUGGCGAGAUGUACGUGCCACUGCUGGAGAAGGCCUUUGCCAAGAUGUUUGGCUCCUAUCAGGAGUUGCACUACGGCGACACCGCCAUGGCUUUUGCUGCUCUGACGGGUUGUAUGGAGGUACACCGCUACGGAACCCACCUGGGGAACACCAAGGCCCUGACCAAGGCUUCCAGUGGCACUCCGGUAAAGUGGCAAGUCACCUCGCGGGAGGGCUUGACCGUGCGCGUGAAGAGCGAUCUGAAGAGCACCAAGCUGGGCGUUUUGGCGAGGCAUGCCGUCUUUGAGGAGUUGGACCGGGAGGGCUACCGCAUUUUCUUCAAGAAAUUGGAGGGCGAGGGUCCGGAGUCGGGUUGGAUCUCCUACUACCGUGCCGGCAAGAAGGCCGCAGAACGCCAGACGCCUGUGCAGUGGGGCUUCAGCAGCACGAAGGUUGGAGAGCGGUACAAGAAGGAAGAUGUGAAGGCCAUGGAGGGUGACAUGUGGAGUAAAUUGGUCACAGCAGAUGAAGCCAAUGAUCUCAUUGUAGUGAACUUUGAGUUCAAAGGUGUGAAUGCCAAGGGCCGACCCCUUUAUGGCACGCGCCCGGAUGGAUUGAUGCCGCGCCACGUUUACUCGGUACUGCGUGCCGUGGAGGUUCCUGGGGAGAUCUGGGAGGAGCCCAAGCGGAUGGUCUGCCUGAGGAAUCCCUGGGGCCGCUGUGAAUGGCAGGGACCGUGGAAAGAUCAAGGUGAUGAGUGGACGGCUCACGAGGACAUUGCGCAGGAAUUGAAGCCGGGCAGCAAAUUCGAUGGCCUCUUCUGGAUGGCGUGGGAUGAUUUCGAAUGGUGCGCCGACACCCUGACCAUCGUCCCAGCAGGGAUCCCAGUGAAGAGAGCGGCACAUGAGGAGGAGGAUAGUGCCGGUGAAGAUUGACGAAAUGGAGCAGCCCAGUCUCUUCAGGGCAGCAAAGUGUCUCACCAAUUGAACGAUGAUCCCUUUGCCCGGUGACCAAAAAUGACCACGUGGUUUGGUUACAGUGCCAUAAAUCAUACCCC